AUGGACACGUACGAGAGUGUAUUGCUAGUUAAGAAUGAAGUUUUUGUGUUCAAAAUACCCCCAAGAACUACUAACCGAGGCUACAGGGCAGCUGAUUGGAAUUUACAAGAACCACAAUGGACGGGGCGUAUGCGUUUAGUUUCGAAAGGAGAUGAGUUAAUAAUGAAACUGGAGGAUAAAGUAUCUGGUGAAUUAUUUGCAAAAUGCCCAAUAGAUAAAUACCCAGGAGUUGCUUUAGAGUCUGUCACCGACAGUUCCCGUUAUUUCGUUGUCAGAAUUCAAGACGACAAUGGCAGAAGUGCUUACAUUGGCCUCGGCUUUGGAGAUAGAUCAGAUUCUUUUGACCUUAAUGUUGCACUACAAGACCAUUUCAAGUAUUUGAGAAAAGAACAAGAGACUGAAGAUGGAUCACAACAACAACUCGAUUUAAGUUUCAAGGAAGGCGAAACCAUCAAAAUUAACAUGAAAAUAACAAAAAAAGAUGGAGGUGAUGUUAGUAGACCUCGACGUACAGGCGGGGCAGGAGGUGUAGGUCUUCUUCCUCCCCCUCCUGGUGCUUCCAAACUGCCUCCACCACCUUCACCGCAACAUGUGCCAACCCCAUCUGCUACAGCACCCAGUACUGAAUGGGGAGAUUUUAACUCUGCAGGAACUGCAAGUCAAAACCAACAGCCAAAACCAACAACUCCUGCAAAUCAACAAAACUGGGUACAAUUUUAA